UUAUUUAUUUAAUCAUCUAGCUUUUGAUUUUCAUAUUUAACAAGUCUUGGAACUUCCAAAUCUUUAAUGCCAAGCUUCAUACAUAUGUUACAUUUAGAUAGGAGAUAUAGUGCUUUGAUUUUUUAUUUUUGUUAUGAUUGGUUGUCAGAUAAUGAUCAUAGAUUUCAAGUUGACGUACCCAAGUGGUACAGCCACAGCACAUCUUGUCAACAGUUUCCACACUUCUCGGGGAGCCAAGUUAGCCAAGAAGCAAGUGAGAACGCUUGGGAAGUUUUUCUCAUUCAGCUUCUUGUGGGGUUUCUUCCAAUGGUUUUUCACUGCCGGAGAUGACUGUGGAUUUGUCAGUUUCCCUACAUUUGGCCUCAAAGCUUACAAAAACAAGUUUUAUUUUGAUUUCUCAGCAACAUAUGUUGGGGUGGGAAUGAUUUGUCCAUACAUCAUCAAUAUAUCUGUGUUUGUUGGAGGAAUUCUUUCAUGGGGUUUAAUGUGGCCUCUCAUUGAGAAAAAAAAAGGAGAUUGGUUCAGUGCUGACCUUCCCCUCUCCAGCUUUCAUGGCCUUCAAGGCUACAAGGUGCUUUUGUUCAUUGCCUUGACUCUGGGAGAUGGGAUUUACAACUUUGUAAAGGUUUUGGCAACCACCAUCUUACAUUUGUCUCAUGAGCUGAAGAAAGAUGUAAACGCCGUCUCAAAUCCUUCCCUCCGUACGACCACUGGCGUAUCUUUCGAUGACAACCUGAGGACUCAGUACUUCCUCAAAGAACAGAUUCCCUCGCGGUUUGCCAUUGGAGGUUAUGUUAUACUUGCUGUCAUAUCUAUAGCCACUUUGCCACGCUUCCUUCCGUUGUUAAAGUUGUAUUACAUGCUUGGAGAUACUUUGCCACACAUCUUUCCGCAGCUGAAAUGGUAUUACAUACUUGUCCUCUACGUUAUUGCCCCAGUACUAGCUUUCUGCAAUGCCUAUGGUACUGGGUUGACUGAUUGGACAUUGUCAUCUGCCUACGGAAAGCUUGCCAUCUUCACGAUCGGGGCAUGGGCUGGUGCUGCACACGGUGGUGUAAUUGCAGGCCUAGCAGCUUGCGGAGUAAUGAUGAGCAUUGUCUCAACCGCAUCUGAUCUAAUGCAGGAUUUCAAGACUGGAUACAUGACAUUAUCUUCGCCGAGGUCGAUGUUCGUGAGCCAAGUGGUAGGCACUGCAAUGGGAUGCAUCAUAUCUCCCUGUGUAUUUUGGCUGUUCUACAAGGCAUUUGAUGACUUUGGACAGCCUGAAAGUGCUUAUCCAGCGCCAUACGCAACAGUCUCUAACAUGGCACUUCUUGCAGUCGAGGGCUUCUCGACUCUACCAAAGAAUUGUCUCUCCCUAUGUUACGGGUUCUUUGCAGCAGCCAUCGUGAUAUAUUUGAUAAGAGACUUAUCAGGGAAGAAGGUAAGUCAGUAUAUUCCAAUACCUACGGCAAUGGCAAUUCCAUUAUAUAUCGGUCCAUAUUUUGCCAUUGACAUGUGCCUUGGAAGCUUGAUAUUGUUUGUAUGGGAAAAGAUCAACAAGGCCAAAGCCGAUGCUUUCGCACCUGCCGUUGCGUCCGGUCUGAUAUGUGGAGAUGGAAUAUGGACAUUGCCCAGCACCAUCCUUGCUUUGGCUGGAGUUAAGCCUCCCAUUUGCAUGAAGUUUCUAUCAAGGACCGCAAAUGUCAAGGUCAGUAACUUCUUAGCAUCAUGAUGCUGUAGUUGCCAAACCAGGUAAUAUUUUAAUUAUAUCCCAAUGUUCGAAAUAUGUUUUCAAAUGUUUAAUUUUAGAAAUCAAUUAUUUUUAAAUUACAAAAUGGUUUGGUAACAAUUUUGAAAUGUAUUUCAAACAAAUUUUAUCACAAUAAUUUUAAUAAAAAUAAGUAUUUUAAAAAACAUUUUUUUCUUAAGUCAAUCUAUACCACCUUUGACCAAACUAUAGAGUUUACAGUUUCAUUGUAAAAGGUACUCAAACACCAUAGUGUUUAGAUAAACAGUUGUGUUCCAUAUGUAAUUGUCAUAUAUAUAUAGGUAUGAACUCUUACAUGUAUUGUCAACAUAUUUCAAAUGAAUUUGUGUUUGGUCAA